UAUUGGAAAGAUCACAGUUCAGUAUGGCUUACGAAGCUCUCGUAGAUGGAUGUAUCAGUUGAGUUGUUUGUUAUGAUCAAACUUUUAAAAGAAAUAGCAAUUCCAUGAUCAAUCUGUGAGAUGUAAUUUGAAGAUUACUUGAGGUUGGAAGGAAUUUCGGAGCUAAACAGCUUCACUAUCACUUAUUGUCGAAAUCAAUUUUACAAAUAUCAAAAAAAAUAUGGACAUCACGUUGGGCGACAGACUGAACGUGCUACAACAGAUAAGUCAACGAAAGUUGGUUGAGGUACUGAAAGAGAUUCCUGGGACCAAAGACCUAGUGAUAGAACAGAAGCUUAUGAAAAUCUUGGAUAGUUUUGUAGGGGUUUCUGUACUUAAACAUUAUGGCGUUGAAAAAAUUUACAAAAUGGAACAGGGCUUGAAACUUUCGAAUUCUCAGCACAUAUUUUUGGUUUCGAGCGAUCUGAUCACUUGUAAGAGGGUACUGGAUCAAAUACAAUCAGAGAUUCCUCCAAAUAGUAAACCACACGUACAGCCAUAUCACCACAUUUUAGUUGCUCCAUUUGUACCUGCUAUUCUUAAUUUGAUAAUUGAAGAAGAAGGAUUAUCCGGACUAGUUACAUUGCAAACAUUGUCCUGGGAAUUUAUAAGAUUAGAUGGAAACAUCUUGUCUUUAGAGAAUUCUAUGUUCAUUGAUUUUUACUAUCACAAAGAUACUACAUUGUUACCAGCGUUGGGACGUGGUCUGUGGUCAUUGCAACUUAUACUUGGUUCACCUAAACUGACGGUUACCCUUGGAAAGCACAGUCAGCAAAUACUUAAAAUCAUGGAUUCCAUGAGGCAGUGCUUGGGCUCUUCUAACAUAGAAAAUGAAAUAGGAGCUUUAAUUAUAAUGGACAGGAAUUAUGACUUGGUUACACCACUUUUAACACCUGUAACAUAUGCCGGAUUGUUGCACGAAGUGAUAGAAAUAAAUGUUGGCACAGGUAUUUUGAGCAAAUCUCAAGUUAAAUUAGAUCCAGACAAAGAUAAGAUUUAUGAAGAAGUAAGAGAUACACCAUGCAGCGAAGUUUUCCCAUUUUUGCAUAAAAAGGCAAAACUUUUAAAAUCGGAACAGAAUAAGAUACAAACAAUGAAGUUGUCCGAAAUGGAAACGUAUGUAACGACACAGUUACAAAAAACUAGGGAUCUAACGCAACAACUUGCUUUUCAUAUUUCUGCUUGCCAAUUAAUAGCAGACACACUGAGUUCUGAUUUUCAAACUUUGCAAGAAAUAGAGAAAUGUAUGCUCGAGUGUAGAGAAAGGAAAGAGUGUUUGAAUUAUAUCGAGAGAUAUGUUGACGAUCACCCACUGAGAACUUUGCGUUUAUUAUGCCUAUUGUCAAUCACAAGCGACGGAAUUACGCAAAGUGAAUUAGAUUCUGUACAAAAGCUUUAUCUUCACGCUCACGGGUACAAGCACAUACCAUUGUUUUAUAAAUUGCAAAGUAUAGGUUUACUGAAAUACAGGUCAGAAAAUAUUCUACACAAAUUAUCGAAUUGGAACAGUGAGUGGAACAAUAACGCGCAGAAGUUGAAGUUGUUACCCAGUUACUUCAGACAAGCGAAACAAAAAAAUCAUUCAUGUCCGAGUUAUGUAUUCAGUAACGUUUACGUGCCACUAAUCGCUCAAAUAUUAAACACCGUUGUGAAUCAAGAAAAGGAUUCCAAAAUUCUUGAUGAAUUGACAAAUUUACCAAACUGCGUCAUAAGUGGCCAACGUGGUUCAUUAUCACCAAAAAUGAUAGUGAUAUGUAUCAUUGGCGGUAUUACCUACGCUGAAAUAACCGCUUGCAGGUUUAUAGAAAAAUCGACUGGAAUUCAGCUUGUACUAACGUCGGAUAGUAUAAUAACAGGUAAUAAAGUACUAGAGAAGGUGCAAGAUAUAUGAACAUCUUAAGUGAUAAUUAAAAAUCUAUAAUAUCAAAUGUAG